GCCCCCCGCGCGGGUGCCUCCCCUGCCUACCCCGGCCCAGGCGGCUGGCGAGCCGGGAGUCGCUCGCUGGUCGCUCGGGCCGCUUAGCUGCGCUUCCGCACGAUGUGAGCCCGGUGGGCCUCCCGCUGACCUGUUGCUAAAGCAGGCCCCCCACCCCAGGCCCAGCAUGCGCCUGUCGGUGCGGAGGGCGCUGCUGGUAGCCGGCUGUGCCCUGGCCCUGGUCCUGGCGGUCCAGCUGGGGCAGCAGAUGCUGGAGUGCCGGGCAGUGCUGGCGGGCCUGCAGAGCCGCCGGCGCACCAUGCGGCCGGAGCAGGAGGACCUGGUGAUGAUGGGCAUGGACCACGAGGAGUACCGCUACGGCAAGGCCAUGCCGCUCAUCUUUGUGGGCGGCGUGCCCCGCAGCGGCACCACGCUGAUGCGCGCCAUGCUGGACGCCCACCCCGAGGUGCGCUGCGGCGAGGAGACCCGCAUCAUCCCCCGAGUGCUGGCCAUGCGCCAGGCCUGGUCCAAGUCCAGCAAGGAGAAGCAGCGGCUGGACGAGGCGGGCGUGACGGACGAGGUACUGGACGCCGCCAUGCAGGCCUUCAUCCUGGAGGUGAUCGCCAAGCACGGCGAGCCGGCCCGCGUGCUCUGCAACAAGGACCCCUUCACGCUCAAGUCCUCCGUCUACCUGUCGCGCCUGUUCCCCAAUUCCAAGUUCCUGCUGAUGGUGCGGGACGGCCGGGCCUCGGUGCACUCCAUGAUCACUCGGAAGGUCACCAUCGCAGGCUUCGACCUCAGCAGCUACCGCGACUGCCUCACCAAGUGGAACAAGGCCAUCGAGGUGAUGUACUCCCAGUGCAUGGAGGUGGGCAGGGACAAGUGCCUUCCGGUGUACUACGAGCAGCUGGUGCUGCACCCGCGGCGCUCCCUCAAGCUCAUCCUUGACUUCCUCGGCAUCGCCUGGAGCGACGCCGUCCUGCACCACGAGGACCUCAUCGGCAAGCCAGGCGGCGUCUCCUUGUCCAGGAUCGAGCGAUCCACAGACCAGGUCAUCAAGCCUGUGAACCUGGAAGCGCUCUCCAAGUGGACGGGUCACAUCCCUGGGGACGUGGUGAGGGACAUGGCCCAGAUCGCGCCCAUGCUGGCUCGGCUUGGAUAUGACCCCUACGCGAACCCUCCCAACUACGGCAACCCGGACCCCAUCGUGAUCAACAACACGCACCGGGUCUUGAAAGGGGACUAUAAAACACCAGCCAGUCUGAAAGGAUAUUUUCAGGUGAACCAGAACAGCACCUCCUCCCCCUUGGGAAGCUCAUGAUUUCCAGAUCUCUGCGAGUGGCUCUGUUGCCAGGAAGGGCAGAAACUCUGCGCUGGAGUGGAAAUCGGACCUCGAAUCCAAGCAUAUUGCUUGCUGUUACGGGACUGCUCACGAGGAAUGUAUUUGCUUCUGUUUGCAAAGCCUGGACCCUGGAGGACUCUUCCUGAAACACUCUGCCUUCGGAUACUCUGGGAUGGAAAACGAAGAGUGUGGAAGUAGUCAGGCCUUUGAAACUUAAGUAUUUUAUAUUUUUCCCCUUGAGAACUUUUUUUUUU